CUCGCUCACCAGUGACACUGCGACAGUGACAGUCCCCGCUCUCCCUCUCUCCCCGCCAUGGCGUCCAGGCGCUCGCUCCCCCGCCUCCUCCACCUCCUGCUCCUGCUCCUCUCCGCCGCCGCGUCCUCUUCCGCGUCCUCCUCGCGCGGCGCGGAGCUGGACGCGCUCAUGGACCUCAAGGCGGCGCUGGACCCCUCGGGCCGCGCGCUCGCCUCCUGGGCGCGCGGCGGCGACCCCUGCGGCCGCGGGGACUACUUCGAGGGCGUCUCCUGCGACGCGCGCGGCAGGGUCGCCACCAUCGCGCUGCAGGGGAAGGGGCUCGCGGGCGCCGUCCCGCCCGCGGUCGCCAUGCUCCCGGGCCUCACCGGCCUCUACCUCCACUACAACGAGCUGCGCGGGGACAUCCCGCGGGAGCUCGGCGGCCUCCCGGACCUCGCCGAGCUCUACCUCGGCGUCAACAACCUGUCCGGGGCCAUCCCCGUCGAGCUCGGCCGACUCCGCAGCCUCCAAGUACUGCAGCUCGGCUACAAUCAGUUGUCAGGGAGCAUCCCCACUCAGCUGGGUCAGCUAAAGAAGCUCACUGUUCUUGCCCUUCAGUCCAACCAGCUCACUGGCGCAAUACCCGCAUCCCUGGGGGACUUGCCGGCACUGACACGGCUGGACUUGAGCUCCAAUCAACUCUUUGGCUCCAUUCCUUCCAAGCUUGCUGAGAUACCUCAGCUUUCGACACUGGACCUCCGGAACAACAGGCUUUCAGGAAGUGUUCCAUCUGGUCUGAAGAAGUUGCAUGAGGGGUUUCACUAUGAGAACAAUUCAGAGCUAUGUGGAGCUCAAUUCGAUUCUCUGAAAGCUUGUCCUGACGACGGCAAUGACGAUGGAAAAAUGCCUCAUAAACCUGAAUCAACCUCUGUCAAGCCCCAACAAAUUCAAAAGACAGCCGACCUCAACAGAAAUUGCGGCAACGGAGGUUGCUCAAAAUCUUCGACACUCUCUGCAGGGGCUGUUAUUGCUGGAACAAUCAUCAUUGUAGCCGGAGCAGCAGCCUGCAGCCUGUCUGUGUUCUCAUGGCACCGUCGCCAGAAGCAGAAGGUUGGCAGCUCAGUUGAGCAUUUGGAAGGCCGGCUUAGCCUGGACCAGUCAAAGGAAACAUGUCAGAGAAGUGCCUCCUCACUGAUCAAUGUUGAGUACUCUAGUGGCUGGGACACUUCAUCUGAAGGGUCACAGCAUGGAGUGAGGCUGUCGUCGGAGGGCUCACCAAGUGUGAGGUUCAAUCUCGAAGAGGUGGAGUGUGCAACACAGUACUUCUCGGAUGUGAACUUACUGGGCAAGAGCAAUUUCGCAGCGACCUACAAGGGGAUCAUGCGAGAUGGCUCAGUCGUUGCAGUGAAGAGCAUCAACAAGAGCAGCUGCAAGUCAGAGGAGGCCGACUUCUUGAAAGGCCUCCGCAUGCUCACGUCGCUGCGGCAUGAGAACCUUGUUGGUCUGAGGGGCUUCUGCCGGUCUCGGGCAAGAGGGGAAUGCUUCCUCGUCUAUGAAUUCAUGGCGAAUGGGAGCCUUUCGCAGUAUCUUGAUGUCAAGGAUGGCGAUGCGGAUGUGACUGUCCUCGACUGGGCCACUCGGGUCUCCAUCAUCAAGGGCAUUGCCAAAGGCAUCGACUACCUCCACAGCAGCAAGCCCAACAAGCCCCCACUCGUCCACCAGAGCAUCUCUGCGGACAAGAUCCUGGUUGACCACCUGUUCACCCCACACCUCUCCGGCGCGGGCCUGCACAAGCUCCUGGCCGACGACGUGGUGUUCUCCUCCCUCAAGGACAGCGCGGCCAUGGGGUACCUCUCCCCGGAGUACACCACCACGGGGCGGUUCACCGACAAGAGCGACGUGUACGCGUUCGGCGUGGUGGUGCUGCAGGCGCUGACGGGGCGGCGCGCCGUGUCGUCGCACCUCCGGCUGGGCGCCGAGUCCGGGAGGCUGGACGACCUCGUGGACCCACGCCUCGGCGGCCGGUUCUCGCGCCCCGAGGCCGCCAAGCUCGCCGGCAUCGCGCUGCUGUGCACCGCCGAGGCGCCCGCCCAGCGCCCCGCCAUGGCGGCCGUGCUGCAGCAGCUCGGCACCAGCCAGUAGUGACCGCGGCGUUGCUUUCUAGAGACCGCCGCCUGCUGUUGCUUGUUAUAUGGAGUAACGGCUAGUGAUCGGCUACUAGCUUUGUAGCUGCCAUUGUUUCUUGUUUUAGUUCCAGCUCCUUCCUCAGGAGCUAGCUUGCUUGUAGUAAGCUGUCAGGAUCGCAAUCUGCUAGCACUCCUCCUUUUCAAAUUGUAUGUCAUUUUAGCAAAUCUAAAUAUAUAAAUUUUGCAAUGCAUCUAGAUAU